AUGAUCUCUGUCGUAAUCCUCGCUGAGCUACUGGUGGAGUACACAUCAGCUCUCGCUAAACUAACCGCCGGGAUGCUUCCUAGACGGCAAGGCGACGACACCAACGUCGUAAGAGUUGGCGGUUUCAUCUUGCCUUGUCCUUCUCCUUCGAGUACUAACCGGUCGUCACAGUUUCCUGACUUUUCUUCUCAUCUCGUAGACUUCUGA